AUGUCUUGGUUCGGUUUUUUUGAUCCUGAUUUUGAUGAUUUCUUCGGUAGACCUAGAAAAUAUGCUACUGAAGUUCCACCAGACUUUAAUCCAAGAAAGAUUGCUCAAGGUGACAAUGGUAAGGGACAGCAAGUGUCUCGCUAUGGUGGUGGUGCUGGACAUCCUCACAGAGCAUUAGCAAGAAGGGAUGAUUUCUUUGAUGACUUUUGGAAGAACUUUAGUUCUGGUAAAUACUUUGUUGGUUUCGAUGAUAAUGUAAAGACAACUGAAGAGUCCGACAAAUAUUUGGUUUCAUAUGACCAAGAAAAUUUGAGUCCUGAUGAAGUUAAUGUUGAUUUCGAUAAACAAGAGAAUGAAUUGAUUAUUACCAUUACUCAAGAAAAAGAGGAAGCUGGUACUAAGAAGAGCAGUACUUUCCACAGCAACUUGAAGUUUGAAAAGCCAGUCAACUUUGACGACAUCAGUGCAGAAAUUGGUGAACAAGGUGUUAAAGUAACUUUACCAAAGGUUCAUGCUGAUCAUGAAAAAAUUGUUAAUAUCCCUAUUUCCAAAGCAGCUGCAAAAAAGUAA